AUGCAGUUCCAAGGUACAGCUCAGCCACCACAUCAGGGCGGUUUCCGAGGUCCGCGGCCGGAGAAGACCGACUUCUACGUCGGCCAACCGGGCACCAAACCGCCACACUUUAUGAACAAACCCGGUCCACCAUCGAUUCCGCCGUUCAAUGCGAACGCGUUCGGUGGACCGAAACCGAUGUACCAGCAAAACGGUAUGAACGGUGCUGGUCCCGCUGGCUUUAACAAGUUCGGCGGACCGCGCACAUUCGGUGGCCAGCCGGGAAUGAUGCCGAAGAAGGAUUUCGGUGGCCCGAAAAUGUACGGACCGGGUAGUGUCGGCAAGCCGUACGGUGACGACAAACCGUUCGAUACGUUCGGUGGUCCGAAGAAGUACCAUAACGGCAGCAUGAAUAGCAUGGGUCUCGGCAUGGGAGGUGGUUAUGGUAUGGGCAACCGGAAUGGCUUCGGUACGCGCUCGGACUACAACGGAUUCAACAAAGACGAUCGGUCCAAGAUUCAGUCGCUGAAGGCAAAGUACCCGGGCCAGACGCUCAUGAAACCGAUGUGGGAUACUCUGGAACCGUUCCAGAAGGACUUUUACGUGCCACACCCGAGCGUGAUGGCGCGAUCGACGGAAGAGGUGCAGACAUUCCGCGAGCAGACGCAAGUGACGGUGAUGGGCAACAAUGUGCCGCACCCGUGCCAGAACUUCGAGGAAGGUAACUUCCCGGAGUACGUGAUGAACGAAAUCAAAAAACAGGGAUUCCCGCGCCCGACCGCCAUCCAGUCGCAGGGUUGGCCGAUUGCGCUGAGUGGCCGUGAUAUGGUCGGUAUUGCACAAACGGGUUCGGGAAAAACGCUCGCUUACAUGCUCCCCGGUUUGGUGCACAUUUCGCACCAAAAACCACUAUCGCGCGGCGAAGGACCGAUCGUGCUUGUGCUGGCACCAACUCGCGAACUGGCCCAACAGAUCCAGACUGUGGUGCGUGACUUUGGCACUCACUCGAAGCCCAACAUUCGCUACACUUGCAUCUUUGGUGGUGCGCUAAAGGGACCACAGGUGCGUGACUUGGAGCGCGGUGUAGAGGUGGUCAUCGCCACACCAGGACGACUGAUCGAUUUCCUGGAACGCGGCAUCACGAACCUGCGCCGCUGCACUUACCUCGUGCUGGACGAAGCGGAUCGAAUGCUCGAUAUGGGCUUUGAGCCCCAAAUUCGGAAGAUCGUCGAGCAGAUUCGUCCCGACCGGCAGGUGCUAAUGUGGUCGGCUACGUGGCCGAAGGAGGUACAAACACUGGCCGAGGACUUCCUACGUGACUACAUCCAGAUCAACAUCGGUUCGCUGAGUCUGGCCGCUAAUCACAACAUCCACCAGAUCGUGGACGUGUGCGAAGAGAACGAAAAGGAAAGCAAGCUGCUGAAGCUGCUGAAGGAAAUUGCCAGUACGGACGCAUCGAACAAGAUUAUUAUCUUCGUCGAGACGAAAAAGAAGGUGGAGGAUCUAUUGAAGAACAUCGUGCGCGAUGGGUACGGGGCCACGUCAAUCCACGGUGACAAGAGCCAAUCGGAGCGGGACUAUGUGCUGCAGGACUUCCGCCACGGUAAGAGCACGAUCCUCGUGGCCACGGACGUCGCAGCCCGCGGGCUUGACGUGGAGGACGUAAAGUACGUGAUCAACUUCGACUACCCGAACUCGUCGGAAGACUAUAUCCAUCGCAUUGGGCGCACAGGGCGUUGCUCGCAGUACGGCACGGCGUACACUUUCUUCACACCAAACAACGGACGCCAGGCACGGGAGCUGCUGUCGGUGUUGGAGGAAGCAGGACAGCAACCGACAGUGGAGCUGAUCGAGAUGGCCAAGUCGGCACCGGGCGGCAAGGGAGGCCGUCAGCGCUACUCGACUCGUGGUAGCUACGGUAGCAACGGCGGAAUGAGCAGUUACCAGCGCCGUCCACCGUUCAUCGGUGGAGGCUUCGGUGGACCACCAAAAUACGGUGGCAUGCAGAAUGGCGGAGGUAUGAUGGGUAACAAGUUCGGUGGCCCGCCGAACAAGUUCCGCGAUGGUGGCAUGUACCGCGGGGAGAACAACUGGAACAAACCGAAUCCGAUGAUGGGCCCGGGAGGUUACCAGUCUCAUUCGCCGCAGUCUCCGCAGGGCGCCGGCGGUGCCCCUGGUCAGCAAAUGUACGAGCAGACACAAACGCAGCUGCGUGCGUACCACCCGAAAAACAUAUAUCCGGGUCAGUACGAUGACUACACGGCACUGUUCGCUGGAGGUGCGGCCGCCGCUGCGGCUGCUGCAGCUGCUCCGGGUGGCGGAAUGCGUUACUAUCAGAACAAGGCUGCCCAUCAGGGUGGACUGGGUGGUAUGCAGCAGUCUCAACCAGGCGGCCGCUACAAUCCGAACGCUGGCCAGCAGUACAACAUGGAUGGUACACCGAAGCCAAACAAUGGCCGCUCGUACCCGCCUAAGCAGUACAACAACAGCUACCCGGCCGGCCCGGCCGCUCCAAACCAGUACCCGCAGUUGGCGGCUGCUGCUGCGGCGGCUGCGGCGGCUGCUGCUGCCGGACAAACCAUGCCGACUGCAGCUCCGGCUGGAUUCACCAGCUUCGAUCCGACCGGAGGCCUGCAGUAUCAGGCAUCGUACCCGAUCACGGCGGCGACCGCUACGUACUAUCCGUAUCCGGCCGCUACGGCCCCGCCACCGCCACAAGCUCAGGCGGCUCCGGUCGUACCGCCGGUUCAGCAGUAA